ACUAAUAUAUUGCAUAAUGCCGUUGGGAGAUUUGUGUCAAAAUCCCCAUCGGCUUUCCUUCUCUGGAGGUGUGAUCUUAUUUAACUGCAAGCCAGCUUCACUUACAAACAAAAGUGAGUUGGUGUACUGCUGCUUUUCAUACGAACAGCAGGGCAACGUGUUCCUGAAGGCAGCACAGGGAGCUGCUGUCAUCAGCAGCAAAACAACAUCAGCCCACUUUGAUAUUGUCAAGUGCAGAUGUGCCACAGAUGUUCAGAGGAGAGUGUCCACCCCGUGUGUUUUGGUGACCAAAGGGAGUGAGAAGAAGGAGAGCUUCAGGUAUAGUCUCCUCACACUGAGCAGCUCAAACACACUAGAGCCCUGCGUUAACUUCAGACUCCCUUAUCACAUAAAGGAGAGUGUGUCCAUACUCCACGGCCCCACUGUGUUGUGGACCCACGCCGGUCAUGUCUUCUAUACGUCGCCACAGACCGGCGGAGAGGUGAGACAGAUACCCAUUCAGCUGUCCCACAGUGUCGCCGGAGAACUUCCCCUCCACAAGGAGAGGAGAGCGUUUGUCCUCGGACAGUCCACGGACCAAACCCUGGGUUAUUUUGUCCAGAGUGGACGCGUGUUUGAUGGCAGUGUGAUUUUGCCUCAUCCCUACGUCUGCGUCACACGGUGCAUGCUGGUGCUCUCGGCUGAUGAGGGUGAUGGUAAUGGAGCGGUGCUGAGAUCUGAGGUGGUCGCAGCAACUUCUAAUCGGCAGCUUGUUUAUUUCAAUGAUGGCGUCGUGAAGGACGUGUGUCAGCUGCCCUUUGAACAACCCGAGGACGUUCAGCUGAUCAACACAGGGAGAAACGGCUGCCUGUUUGUCGUAUCUUUUCAUCAGGGCCGUGUAUGCGCUGUAUGGAAGGAAACCUUUCAGGUAGCCUCCCAAUGGUCAGGUGUCACCUCGGUCCACGUGGAUGACUUCUUAAGAUGUGGGUCAGACCAGAUGCUGUUGGUUUUUAAAGAUCAAAGUGCAGAAGGACAGCCCCUGGAAGAAUUCCUCCUCACUGACCUCUGUGGCAUUUCAUACGCUCGUUGUCAGGACGGUGAAGCCACACGGACGUCUCCUCCUCCAUCAGAGAACUAUCUCCUCACUCUUCAAGCGUUAGAGUCUAGACUACAGAGUGGACUGAGCGUGCUGCAGGAGCUCCAAAGAGAAGUGAGAGUGAAGGAAAGAGUUCUACGACAGUCGGUCCAAACUCUUACUGACGUCGUCUCAGACAGAGAACCUACUCUCACACAGCCUGAGCAGGAAGGCCUCAUUGCUCUGUGGGACUGCGAUGAUGAGUCAAAGCAAGGGGCCUCGGAUGACGAGACACAAGACAUGCCAGCAGUGUCUUCAAGACCUCGUGUUGACAAGUUGUGGCAUCGCAUCGCCGAGGACCGACUGGUUGUAGGAGUGGUGCUAACUACGGACGGCUCGGUACCAGUGGCCAACGUGAGCUUAUCCAUCCUGACAGAGACGGGCCAGAGCUCAACGCCCGCAGUCAUCCAAACCCAGAGCCAAGUGCUCUGGCUUCCUGCACCCUGCUCCGCAUCAUCAUCAUCCUCCUCCUCCCCUGCCUCCACGUUCGCAGAGCCCGCAGCCAAAAGAAGCAAGCAGCAGCAGCAGCACAACGCCGGCAGACCCAAUGAUCUCAACACAUGCAGACUGGCUGUGACUGCUGUGACCAGGCUGACACCUCUGUUGAACUCUGGCCGUGUCAAGUGCUGUGUCAUGCUCCAUUACGUCCAGAGACGAAACGCUUUUGCCCUCGUGAGCAACCCGACACCGGUCGUCCUGCAUUGUGGUCAAGUUGCUUUCGAUAUCCGCGGUGAUUUCCAAACCCCACUGUUGAAAAACCCCGAAUUCAAAACAGAUGAGGUCAAAGAGGACUUGCUGAGCCUGAUGGCGGUGCUGGAUCGCUGGGUCUUCCACGUAGACUCUCCUGAUCACAGCUUAGGUGAUGUAGACGGCUGGAUUCAGAAAAGAGUGGGCUGUAAGAGGAUAGAAGUGAGCCCUCAGUAUCUACUGGUAAAUUCUUCAGGACCAUCUGCUCUCAUGCUGCUGCGCUGGCAUCAGAUAAACCCUUUCCAGGGGGAACUGUCUGUCCACUCCAGCCAGUUACAGAUGCUCCAGUUCCUGGACUCGCUGUUGGCGUUCCUCCCUGAGUCCUGCUCCAUCCAUCCCGUCAAGGGUACAAAUGUGCAGGGUGUAGCUCAAAUAUUGUCUUUGGCAUUGGAGAAAGAAGCGGCGUCACUCCGAGAGAGUGUGUCAUCGCUGCUUUGUGAAGUGGAGGAGGAGAGGAAGGGCCUUGGACACCUGGAGGAGACACCUGAGCCGGCUUCUGUUCAGGGGCUCCAGAGGUGUAGAGAGGUGUGGCAGCGCGAUGUGGAGAGGAGGAGGAGGAUGUUGAGCCCCCUGGUGGACGUAGGGAGGUAUCGUAGGCUCACCCAAAGCAUGUGUCAAACCCAGCUCGACGGGGAUUUGGCAGCUCUCUUAGACACUCAGAGAACUUUGCUCAGCUAAUGUGCUGCACACAUUAUUCCUGAGAAUCCCAUGGCUAAGUCUGUGGACAAACAGUUGGUAUUAACAGGAGUGCAUUGUGCCAAGUAAUCGCUGGUAUUCAUCGCAAUGUUUCACCUGUAGCACGAGCUCCCCCCCCACUCUGUGCUGUACUCUGUGUCCCCGUCUGUCUCAGACAGCCUCUUGGGAUUUAUAUCUGCCUCGUGUCUGUUGCUGCACAGUUUCCACCGGUUCACCUCGUGGAUCUCGCAGCCUUAAUCUGAUACCGCUUCUGCUUCAUGUCCCUUUUUUUUUUAGACUCUCUGUAUUCAAAAAAACACUCUUUUAAUGUCUGUUACCGUCGUGUGCUGUCCAAGCGGGAGACAGGCACCACUUUCAUCUUGUUUGUGUUAUGAAUAAAGACGACACACGAUGGUA